GGAGUGCUCAGGAGCCCCACACUGCCUGCUGAGAGGACUAACGUGGAAGCUAAAGGGAGUUCUCCUGUGAGAGAACCUUAGAAGGCUGGAGAACCUGAGAUAAAGGCAGCAUCAAGGGGGUGUACAAGGAAAUUAAACUCAUUUACUCUUUUGUGAAAUUCUUAUUGGACUAUGAUGUCUGCAGCUGCUAUGCCUAUGACUGUGGAUUUAAAUUGAGACAUAAUUUCUAGGACCAGGAUGAAUUUGUGUGCUCAGGGCAAGAACACCAGCCACAGAGGGCAACAAUUAGGAAUUCCUAGCAUCAUCACAAAAUGUUCACAGUUGCUACAGAGCACCUUGAAAAUGACCAGGAAGAUCUUCACCAACACCAGGGAGCGAUGGAGGCAGCAAAAUGUCAACAGCGCCUUUGCCAAGCUGAGGAAACUUAUUCCCACCCAUCCACCAGACAAAAAACUGAGCAAAAAUGAGACACUACGGCUAGCCAUGAGGUACAUCAACUUCCUUGUCAAGGUGCUGGGAGAGCCAGGCCUGCAGCAGACAGCAGUGGCAGCGCGAGGCAGCAUCCUGGGAUUCUUCCAGCAAGCCCCAUGCUUGCAGAGUAUGGAGGAGCUGACUCUCAUUGAAAGCUGUGGUGCCUCCUCUCCUAGCAUGAGCAGCAACAUUGCAGAAUGCUGGUCAGAGACUUCAUCUCCUUAGCAGAGAACGAGAGAUGCAGUCUUGGUGUUAGUCCAAUAGUCAUUAUGUUUGUGGGUUGCUUCUCUAUGUACAAUGAUUAUUUAUUUGUAUUUAUUACCGCUUCAUUUAAGUUUCUGUUUAAUGGCAAAGGAAUUCCUUGGUCAGUUAGCAACUGAAAGAGCAGAGGGAAAGUGGUCAUGCUCUGGGAACUAGGAAGGACUCACUGCUGUAACAGACAAUUCUAAGGCAGAAGAGCCCCUGCCCUGACCUCCUCUGUCAGUUGGGGCCAUAGAAAUCCAUCCAGUGGUUCUGGCAGGGGAAGAGAUUAUUCUCCCAUGGCAUUUUGAAGAAGCACUCUGAGCUUAAGAAAUGAUGAAUGUGCCACAAAACAUGUCCAAGAAAGAUGCCUGACCAUGGUAGUUUUGAGGGAUGCAGUAUUUUCUCCAGUCCUUCACUACUGGUUCUAGUAGCCACCUGUACUCACUGCAAAUCUUAUUUCCAACUUGAACAUCUUUUAAAAUACAAAUCCUGGCCCUUGAACCUGGCUACAUCUUUAUCAGACUGGAGGAAUCCUUAAUGUUACAGCAAAAUGAUAUUUAACAAAAUUAAAAAUUAGCUUAAAACAGAAGUGUUGUUUUAAAAUAAAGGAAGAGUCACAGAUGACUUUCAGUGAAAUCUGUGAAGCCUAUACCUAGCAGUGAUAACGUGUACAAUAAGGAAGCUGGCUGACUACCCUCCAGCUGCUAUCAAAACCCAUCAAGCAGGUUGCUGGCUAAAUGCCUUUGUUCUUCAACAGCUGUAAAAAUAGGGGAAGCCCUUGUUCUGAGCAAGAGGUGUCAGGAAAAAGGCCUAAAUGACACUCUCAGAAACCCUUUAUGGAACACAAGCGAUCAGUGCCCUUCUCAUGCACAGGUGGGAUGCAAUGAGCAAUGUGCUCCAGAGCCUGUUUGGCACAGGCUGCAUGCCAGGGGUCUUGGCAACCACCAUGCUGUAUUCAGGCAAUAAGCAGGAUGAGCAGAGUUCUGUGAGGGUGAUCACUGUGGGUUGUUGCACACAAAUCACUUUCCUGAAUUAUAACCUGUGUGAGAAAAGAUCUGUCAUGCUCGUGAAAGGUACAAAGCCGCUGAGAGCAAGAGAAAAAAUUAUGUUGGGCUCAAGUAGACCUGCUUCCAGGCCAACACGUGUUCCCUUUGACAAAAGUCCUUUCUAUUUCCAAAUGAAACAAGGUACAUGUCAGUGUUUAGAAAAAAGCUGUUCAUGGCAGGUAAAGAAAUGGAGCAUCCAGAUGCCAAAGCAUCUCUCUAGGCUGUUUCUUCUUAUUUGUGACACAGGGAGCUGCCUUCAGGAUACGGAGACAGGGAUUGUUUAAGUAACACAUACAGCCCUUCUGCCUGAGGAUAUUUGCCACCCACAGCUCAGUUGCAUUUAAAGCUUCACCAAACAGCAGGCAUACUUUUCUCCUUCCUCCUUGCA